AUGAAAUUCUCUGUUUCCGUUGCCCUCGCCCUUGGCGGCUUCGCGGCCGCCAACCCCCUGCCUCUCAACCACCAGGCAGAGGAACUCUUCCACCGCCAGGUGCAAACCCUUAAUGCGGCCAUGGUGGCGGCAGGCCGCGAGUACAUCGGUACCUCCCUCACGGUGCGCAAUGACAACCAGGAGUCCAACAUCAUCCGCAGCGAAUUCGGGUCCAUCACGCCCGAGAACGCGCAGAAGUGGGAUGCGACGGAGCCCAACCGCGGCCAGUUCAACUUCGGCGCUGCCGACCAGCACAUGAACUGGGCGCAGCAGAACGGCAAGCACGUCCGCUGCCACACGCUCGUCUGGUACUCGCAGCUGCCAGGCUGGGUCUCCAACAGCGGCUUCAACAAUGCGACGUUGAUCCAGGUCAUGACCAACCACAUUAACCAGGUUAUGGGACGGUACAAGGGCCGGUGCAACCACUGGGAUGUGGUUAACGAGGCCCUCAGCGAGGACGGCACCUACCGCGACAACGUCUUCCUGCGCGUGAUCGGCGAGGCGUACAUCCCGAUCGCGUUCCGGGCCGCUGCUGCCGCCGACCCGGCCGCCAAGCUUUACUACAACGACUACAUCCUGGCUACGGUGUGCGCAUCGACGGCGUCGGCCUACCAGGGCCACCUGACGACCGAGAGCACGCCCACGCAGUCGACGCCCACCCCCUCCGAGGAGGACCUCACGGCGGCACUCAAGGUCACGGCUGAUUUGGGUGUGGAGGUCGCUUGGACCGAGAUUGACAUCCGCAUGCGCACGCCGUCCAACUCGCAGAAGCUGCAGCAGCUUGCCGAUGCCUACGGCCGGGUCGCGCGGGCCUGCUUGAAUGUCCCCAGCUGCGUGGGCAUGACCAUCUGGGGCGUUACCGACAGAUAUUCGUGGGUUCCCAACACAUUCCAAGGAGAGGGCGACGCGCUGCUCUGGAACAGCAACUACCAGAAGAAGGCGGCCUACACCUCUUUCCUGGAGGGUAUUACUUCCGGAGGCAGCUCCAAGGCUUAG